UCAACCACACGUGUUUUUAUGUUAAAAAAACUUUUACCGACCUAUUAAAUCGAAAAAUAUUGUGUUGUGAAGUGUGUGAAUAACUUUUGAAAUAAAGAGUGUAUUAGGAUUGUCUUAUUUCAAUAACAGAUGGCGUACCAGCGGUGAUGGCAGGAGUUUAUGUAGUCAUAUACGCGGUGCUGCUGGCCGGCGCCGCGUGUUACACCAUCGACUGCAACCACGAGUACACAGACUGCGAUACUGAACUUAGUAAAUUAAUGAGCGAAGAUGACGAAGGACAGGCAGGAACACAAGUAACAAUAGAUGUUGUUCCUCCCACAACAACAACAACUACCAGCACUGUACCACCAACACGAUCAACAACAACUGAAAAAGUUAAAACAGAAACGACCGUCACUACCGAGACAACUGCAGUAGAAUCAAUGAUCAAACCGAAACCUAGACUUCUCAAUUUAAGCGUAGAUGAAUUACAAAAUUUCGCAAAUGCACUACAUAAUCAAACUAACCAGAAAGAACCAAAGAACGUUGACCUCAGUGAUGUUAAUAUGGACGAAGAAGAUGAACUACCCAAAGUUUCUGAGCAUAAACAAAAACAUAUAUCAGAUAAAUUCUAUUCAAAUCUUCAAGUACCAUUUAAUCCAUUAAUGGCAAUAGACAAGUCUGAAGAGGAAACGUGCAGGGAGAAUGAAAUAACAUACAAGCUCGGAGAGAAAAUGGACAGAGGCUGCGACGAAUCAUGCGAAUGUGCCUCGGGUGGCUUAUUUGAAUGUUCGCCGAGAUGCAAACAUCCAUACAUACGAAGAGGAAGACGUCUCAAUGAUCCCCUGUGCUUUGAAUCGCCGGUUGACGAAUGCUGCUCUAUAGUGGCGUGCGCGAAUGGCGAAAUAAAACCAACGACCUCAGAAGUCUGUCGGUACGGCAACGAAUCUUACCACGUUGGUGCGAAAUGGGAUAUUGGGUGCGAACAAAUAUGCACUUGCGAAAGAAUGUCUAUCGUCACCUGUAAACCCAGAUGUAACCGUAUGCCACAAUCGGAUAGGUGCAUCAAUGUACAAGACCCAAAGGACGCGUGUUGCGAAAUUCAAGUAUGCGAUGUUUCCCAAGACGUGCAUGAGGAGCCAAUUGACAAUGGAACUGUUACAUCAACUACUGCUAAACCUGUACACGAUGCAAUUGAAGCAAAAGCGACACGACCCCUGGUUCUUCUCGAACCAAUUGGAUCUAUAAAGGUCCUCCAGAACAACAGUGUCCAAGUCAAUCUAAUCCAUCCAAACGACUCAAUGGAUCCUAUACAUCUAGAACUCAGCAGCGAUGGUGGCCGAACAUACACUGACGUUGAAUUGAAAUAUAAAAACCUCAUUUUAAAUCUAGAAGGUGGACGAGAUUAUAUUCUUAAAACUAAGGAAACUGGGACAAAGUUCAAUUUCACGAUAACAGCGUCUGAUGACAAUGAAGUACUCGAAGAAAGAUCUGAUAUUACAAGAGAGGGGUGUUAUCACGAUGGACAGUUUUAUGCAGUUGGGGAAGAAAUCCACAUAGGAUGCACCGAGUUAUGUGAAUGUACGGGACCUGAUACAAAGGAGUGUGCUCCUUUGGUCUGUCCUAACCAUGUUGGGCUCGAAUUAGUGUCCAAAGGUUGCGUCCGAUGGGCGCCAAGUCCGCCCCCUCAGCCGCCCAAUUGUUGCCCACGGACUGCCCGUUGUCUGAGCGACGGUACCUGCCAUUAUAAAGGCAUUGCAAUCCCAAACUGGAGCGAGGUCCCACUUCAUUUGACGGGUUGCGAACAGCGCUGCUUCUGUGAGAACGGCGAGUUAGAUUGUCAAGAAGCUUGCAACCCUCUUCCGCCCUUGCCGCCUCAGAACCUGAGAUGCCCUCCGAUGCACCGGCCAGCACCUGUUAAUGUGUCCGACGAAGACUGUUGUAAGGAGUGGGGUUGUGCUCCGCAUGGUCAACUACCGCCAGGAUUCCCAGGCAGUCCAGCAUUUCUCCCAACCGCGCCACCAGAUGAUAUAUUUUCAGACAACCAAAAUGAUAUUCAUAGACCUUCUAAUCCGUUGGGGCCUCCGUUGGCUGGUCUUCCACCUGGGUUACAAAUACCAAGUUUUGGAGAGGAAAAUAGAAAAUUAACGGUUAUUUCGUUACAAUCAGACUCGCCGACAAGUAUUAAAAUGUUGUUUGGUUUGCCUCCUGUGUUGGUUGGGCUACGAGGAAGUGUCGACUUAAGAUACACAGAUACUGACGAUGAUGACGUUUCACAUUGGUAUUCUCAAGUAUUUGCACCAGCUGAUGAGAUACUGACCACUCCUCGGCUGGAGUUCCGUUUAGCUGGACUCAAACCGGAGACAACGUACAAAAUACGUGGCAAACUACUCUUACAUAAUCUGCCAGUGGAACCUGAGAGUAAAAUUUAUACAAUACGAACUCAAAGUGAAUCGACAAAUGUUGAGGAACCGGAACCAGAGGAGAAACGAAGAGAUAUCGACUGUAAAUUGUCAGUGGUAGAGGUGAAUGACACUACAGCGCAAGUCACUUGGCGACACUUCACCGAGGAUGAGCUGCAAUUCAUUGAUGGAGUUCAAGUUCGGUAUCGACCAGUAGGAACUCCUAUUUACAGCAUGACUGAGCUGCUACACCAUAGUCGAUCAGCAGCAUACCUUCAGGACCUGAGACCGGAGACCAGAUACGAAGCUUCACUGGUUCUCAUUCCUCCCACAAGAGCUGUCACUGAAUUAGUUGACUCGGGGCAUGUUGAGUUCACUACAGCUCCAUACAUUGAUCCAUACAACUGGUCCGUGACAGUCGAGGCUCGUGCCGUUGGUUCAGAAGCCGCUGAAGUCACGUGGCAUGGAGUACCGUCUCCCGCAGAGCGUUGGGUGAGGGUCUACCGAGCAGCACACGCCUGUGGUACGAGUAGAAAGGAACACGACGACUUCAGACUCGCCACAAGGGACUUACCACCAGCCAUCACUUUGAUGGGAUUGCAACCGAGUGCUAAGUGUCGUGUAUGGCUUGAACUAUUUUUAACAAAUGGAAAAGUUAAGACCAGCAAUGUCCUGGAAAUCAACACAAAAUCAUUAGAUUCACCUGAACCAGUCGACAAUGAAAUAGAAGCAUCAUCUAUAGCUGGGAGCCGGAAUGCUCCGCGCGGCGAUUACUACGGCGCGUUAGUGAUCGUAGGCGUCAUUGCGGCCCUUGGAGCCCUAUCCUCUGUGCUUCUACUGCUUGUGGUCAUACGCAGACAUCGACCGCACUCUGUGCCUAUAACGCCUGUGCCAACAGCGCCCCGCGAGUCAUCACUGCCUCCUUACGACAACCCUGCCUACAAACUCGAGUUGCAGCAGGAAACUAUGGACCUCUGACAGUUAAGUUCCCGUGAGCACAGCAAUAUGCUCAACGGGUUUUCGGAAAGGGCCAUUGAUGUCGGACCGAAUGGCCGAUCCUAUAAUGAAGUGGGGCUAUAAAUAUGUAUGAACCAGACUAAAGAUGGACGUUUAUUCGUUGCUAUGACAACCAGCUUGUCACAACAUCUCCAUAGCAACGGAUGACAUUUUCAGCGGAUUAAGUAGAAAGUGACAUCUGUGGUAUACUCAGUUUAUGUCCAAGGUUCCAGAGUUAG